UUUCGUCCGUCACGUGACCUACGAACAGCCAUCUUGUGGAAAUCGAAGGGUGAGGGAGAGAGAGAGAGUGAGAGAGAUAGAGCGAGCCUACAGAUAACCCAGAGAGCCACUCAACUCGAAUACAAACCUUGUGCUGUCACAACAAGCAGAGAACUUUAAGGAAAAAUGGCUGAGACCCAGACGCUUAACUUUGGACCAGAAUGGCUCCGUGCCUUGUCUGGGGGUGGUGUCGGCAGUGGUGGAGGUGGAAGUAGCAGCUCUGUUGCCUCUCCACCCCUCUCACCUGCUUUUCCAAAGUAUAAACUUGCAGACUAUCGCUACGGGAGAGAAGAAAUGUUAGCACUUUAUGUAAAGGAUAACAAGAUCCCUAUAGACCUACAUGAUAAGGAGUUUCUGCCCAUAUUGCAAGAGGAGCCCCUGCCACCUUUGGCACUGGUGUCUUUUACAGAGGAGGAACAGAGAAAUUUUUCCAUGUCUGUAAACAGUGCAGCAGUACUACGGCUGACAGGCCGAGGAGGCGGGCCAAUAGUGGGGGCACCAAGAGGCCGAAGUACCUCAAGGGGUAGAGGCCGGGGUAGAGGAGAUGGAGGAUUUUACCAAAGAAGUUUUGACGAUGUGGAAGGUUUCGGUCGUGGAGGGCGAGAGAUGCACCGCUCACAGAGCUGGGAAGAAAGGGGAGAUAGAAGGUUUGAAAAACCAGGGCGUAAAGAACCAGAAGUUGUUCCAGGACACUUUCAAAUUAAUCACAUCCGAGGAAACUACGAGGAUGGUGGGACAGGCCUACAGAGGAAGCACGAUUUCACACGCUCAGAGAGUGAGAACUGGCGUACGACUCGUGAUGAUCAAAAUGGUGAGGAUGAUGAAGGGGGAUGGAGAUUGGCAGGUUCUCGACGGGACAGUGACCGAUGGUGCCCCCUAAGCCCAGAUUGUCCUCGGUCAGCAGGGUGGCGGGAACACCCAGACCAGCGUCGCCGUUUCCCAUUUGAUGCCAGAGAAGACGAGCGUGGAUACAGGAGACCACGGUCGGGCAGCGGCAGUCUGGAAGACGAAAGGGACAGUCUGCCAGAGUGGUGUCUGGAGGAUGCUGAAGAGGAGGCAGGGACUUUUGACUCAUCAGGAGCCUUCCAUUCUCACAAGCAAAAAGCUUCCAAGGAGCCAAUCCUGGAAGAAGCAGAGCUUGAAUUUAAGCCACUGGAAGAGUGUGAGGAGGGUCUGGAGGAGGAGGACAUUCGGCCCAUGGAGACCAAAGAAACAGACAUGGAGGCCAAAAGAGAGGCUGACCGAAAAGAGUUGGCCAGGGUAUCAGAAGAAGCCCCACCUGUUGCUCAACCUGUUGUACCUCCAGUCUUGGAGCCUCAGACCUCUUCCCAGCCAUCUUCAAAGAGCCAGCCCUGUAGAAUAGAGGAGAUAGAAAGUCCACCUGAAAGACAGCCCCCCCUGGAGCUCCCACCAGAGCCCUGCAAACUCCCUCGGCACAUCCCAAUGUCCAACAGCAUGGUGGAAUCCCUACCUAUGACCCACAUUUCUACCACUCCUGCAGAAGUACCUGCUCCACCGCCCAGUGUACAGCUACCACAGCAGAAGGACAUGGACAUUCCUGUGGUGAUAAACAAUGCCUUGCCCUUUUCUUCAAGUAUAAUGGCACCUAUAAGCAGACCUGCACCUGCACCACACGACACUGAUGAAGAUGGACUGAAACACUUUGAGCAGGAGGCAGAAAAGAUGGUGGCGUAUUUACAAGACGGUGUGAUGGACGACGACAGACUUGCAGUAAAGACUUCUGAGAAGCCCAAGUCUGCAGGACUGCCACGCACUCAUGAGGCUGCUCUCAAGUGGUUCUACAAAGAUCCUCAGGGCGAGAUACAGGGUCCAUUCAGUAACCAGGAAAUGACUGAGUGGUUUCAGGCUGGUUACUUCACAGUUUCUCUGUUGGUCAAAAGAGGGUGCGAUGAAGUAUUUCAACCACUGGGAGAGAUCAUGAAAAUAUGGGGGAGGGUACCGUUUACACCAGGCCCUGCACCUCCACCUUUACAGACUGACAGUGAUCAAGAGAGGUUAAAGAGGCAGCAAGAGCUAACUGCUCUCAACCUUUACCAGUUACAACAGCUACAGUAUCAGUACCUUCUCAGACAGCAGUAUGCACAGGCUUUAGCCCAACAGAAGGCUGCCGUUCUGAACUCGGCUCCUCUUCAACAGCAGCAGCAGCAUCAACAGCAGAUCAACCUGCUACUACAGCAAUAUCAGGCCCUCAAAAUAAGGGCAUCUGAGAGCCUCUUACCUCCUGUUACCCGCUCUUUAUCAGUACCAGACUCUGGUUCUGUGUGGGAAAUGCAGAACCCCUCCUCUCAGGCAUCCUGCACACCGAACCUCCAACCAACUGCUCCAAGCACAUGGGAUGGCAGCAGUGUUUGGGAUUUACCAAUAGAUUCUUUGGCACAGGCUCCAACCAUGGAACAGAUGCAACAGUUAGAAAGUUCAAAAACUGCAAAGUUGGAGCUAGAGAGGCGGGAAGCAGAGCAAAGAGCCAAAAGGGAGGAAGAGGAAAGGCAGCGGUUGGAGGAAGCUCUGAGGGCUCGACGAGAGGAGGAACGUAAACGAUUGGAAGAAGAGGAGUUGGCUCGGCAAAAACAGGAGGAGGCUUUGAGGCGGCAGCGAGAACUUGAAGAAGCACAGCGGAGACAAAAAGAAGAGGAGGAUAGACUGGCUCAGGAGGAAGCUCGGCGAAGAUUGGAGGAGAGGCGGAGGGAGGAGGAAGAGAGGAAGAAACGAGAGGAGUUCCUUCGCAAACAGGAAGAGGAGCGAAGAAAGCAGGAGGAACUCCAAGCACUGAAGAGGCAUGAGGAGGAGAAGCGAGCGGAGGAGGAGGCUGCUGCAGCCGCUGCUGCUGCAGCAGCUCUGGCUCUUGCCCAGCAACAACAGGAGGAGCAGAAGAGGAGAGAGCAGGAGGCCCAAAGACAGCAGGAGCUGCAGAGACAGCGGCAGCAGCAACAGGAAGCCCUCCGGAGACUUCAGCAGCAGCAACAACAGCAGCAGCUGGCUCAGAUGAAGCUUCCAUCCUCUUCAAAGUGGGGUCAGCAAUCAACCAACGCCAUUAACCAGAGUCAGAACGCCCUUUCACUGGCCGAGAUCCAGAAGCUGGAGGAGGAGCGAGAACGUCAGCUGAGGGAGGAGCAGCGACGUCAGCAACAAGAGCUUCUGAAGCUACAGCAACAGCAGGCUCUGCAACAGGCUCUGCAGCCUCAGACCAAGAUGUCUGGUUGGGGCAACAUGGCCAAGCAGCCGGUUGUCACCAAGUCCCUGCUGGAGAUUCAGAGGGAGGAGGCCCAGCAGAUGAAACAGCGGAAGGAGCAACCACAACCGCAACCACAUCCGAUCACCACUCAGCAGAACCGGACUCAAAACAGAACUACGUCUCUGUCGAACUCGGUUUGGGGUUCUGUGAACACAAACACCUGCACCAACUGGGCUUCAGACAGCAGUAUUUGGGGAGAUACCCACAACUCCAACAUGGGCUUCUGGGAUGAGGCUGUGAAGGAGGCCACUCAGCAACCUCCUCCGAGCAGGAAAGGAAGUGCGCAGAAGAAUAACAAAGGCAACGCCAACCACAGCAACUCUUUGAGUGGGCGAGUCAACAAGAAGGUAGAAGAGGAGGAGAAGCUGCUGAAGUUGUUUCAGGGUGUCAACAAGAGCCAGCAGGACACCUUCAUGCAGUGGUGUGAGCAAACCCUGCACACCCUCAACACGGCCAACAAUUUGGAUGUUCCCACAUUUGCUUCCUUCCUGAAAGAAGUGGACUCCUCAUACGAGGUGCAAGACUAUGUCCGGGCAUACCUGGGGGACACUCCAGAGGCCAAGGACUUUGCCAAGCAGUUCCUGGAACGCCGUGCCAAACAAAACGCUAAUCAACAAAAACAGGCACCGCAGAACCAACAGCAGGUCCACAUUCAGCAGAAGCAACAACAACAACAACAACAACAACAGCAGCAGCAGCAACAGCAGCAGCAACAACAACUACAGCAGCAGGAUUCUGUAUGGGCUGGAACAGGAUCUUCGUCAAUCUAUCAGUCUAAUCAUACAAGUGGUCAGCAGCAGCGUUUUGAGACGGUCACCUCAGGGAAGAAGAAAAAGAAGCAGAAGAUGGUCCGUGCAGACCCCAGCCUGCUAGGUUUUUCUGUCAAUGCCUCAUCAGAGAGGUUGAAUAUGGGAGAGAUUGAAACUUUAGAGGACUUUUAAGGGACUGUGGCCCAGAUCUUUUAUCCCGUUUUCUGUCCCUGCCACCAACUGCUUCCACAGUUUCACCUUUUUCAUUUCCAGUCUGUCAUCUAUCAGAAAUGUUCUGGUUUGCCCACUAAACAGUCUAAAUUAUAAACAAACAGGAGCUCUGAGCUCUCCCGUCUCCCGAAGGACCUACAUGUUUGAAAAACAUCCUGGAGAGAAGCGACUGCAGCAAACCGACCAUUGAAGCAGCUUGAAGCAAGAAAAGAUUGUUCUUGUUUUGCUCCUGCAACUUAAAUUCUCUUCACCUUAACAAGGUGGAUUUUUUUUAAGUAGGCCUGUAGGUUAACGGAUGGUGUUUGGUGGGUGUGAAAAUUAUUGAGAGAUUACAUUCGUAGUUUUCAUUUUAUUUAUUAAAAGGUUUUUUUCCUUGCUCUAAAAAAAGCCCCUCCUUCCUCCGCCACUUUCUUCUCCUCGCUACUUUUCUGCUGGGUGUUUGUGGAUGACGACGGCAACGCACAGCCCAAGGAUACCCACUUGUGUCCUGUUUUAAGGACAUAUCCAAAAGUUCCACGUAGUUAUCUAUUUCUUGUAAAAUACUAGGCUGUUCAAAGAAUAAACUUUCAACUCUGCAUCUGUAUUAUAAUAUAUGAAAAUGAUCUGCUGGAGUCAUACUUUUUUAUUGCGGUAUGAAAUAAAACAGUCUUAUGUGUGGGCUGUCAAA